AGAUAUUCGACUAGAAAACCCCCUUCCUCGUAUCUAGAAUAUCGCUAGAAUUAACGGAUUGAUCAAAAAAUCGCCAAAAACCCGCCGAAAAUGGGUGUCCCCAAGUUCUACCGAUGGACAUCGGAGCGAUAUCCGUGUCUGAGUGAAGUGAUCAACGAAUCGCAAAUUCCGGAAUUCGACAAUUUGUAUUUGGAUAUGAAUGGAAUUAUUCAUAAUUGCUCGCAUCCGAAUGACGAUGACGUCACGUUUCGAAUUACGGAAGACGAGAUUUUCGUGAAUAUUUUCGCGUAUAUUGAGAAUCUCUACAAUCUAAUUCGCCCGCAAAAGGUGUUCUUCAUGGCCGUCGACGGUGUGGCUCCGCGAGCAAAAAUGAAUCAGCAACGGGCGAGACGAUUCAUGUCAGCCCGAACAGCCCAUACUCAACUCGCAAAAGCGCUGGAAAAUGGCGAAAUUAUGCCAUCUGAAGCUCGAUUCGACUCGAAUUGUAUCACCCCGGGCACAUAUUUCAUGACACGGCUUCAUCAGAAGCUUGACGAUUGGAUUAAAACGAAAUCGGCGACCGAUUCGCGUUGGCAAGGCCGAAAAAUUAUUCUCAGCGGUCACAAUGUGCCCGGUGAAGGAGAGCACAAAAUAAUGGAUUUUAUCCGUACGGAACGGGCCGGCUCGAGCUACGAUCCAAAUACACGUCACUGUAUGUACGGCCUGGACGCCGAUCUGAUAAUGCUCGGAAUAGUCUCCCAUGAGCCACAUUUCUCGUUGCUCCGAGAGGAAGUGACGUUUAAUACGAGACCACGCAAGAAUGAUAAUAAGGCGACGAAAAAGCCGAAGCGAACGGAUUCCGACGUGAAGAAAUUCCAUUUGCUUCAUCUAUCACUGCUCCGAGAGUAUUUGGCGUGGGAAUUUGCUGAUGUUAAGGACUCGCUACCAUUCGAGUACGAAAUGGAGCGAAUCGUCGACGAUUGGAUCCUUCUGGGCCUUCUAGUAGGAAACGAUUUUCUUCCACACUUGCCCAAUAUUCAUAUUCACGACGACGCCCUUCCGCUGCUCUACUCGACGUAUAAAAAAGUGCUGCCGACACUUGACGGGUACAUUAACGAGGCCGGCUACCUCAAUUUGUCGCGUUUCGAAGCUUUUCUGGCGGAGCUGGCGCUGAACGACAAGACAUCGUUUAUGGAGCGACUCGAGGAUGAACAGUUUAUGGAGUCGAAGAGGAUCCGAGUUGUGGAUCCAGAGCAGCAGGAGCUCGCGGAGCCCGAACUGGUGGCUUUUGAGUCGUCGGAUGUUGAGGAUGAAGCUGGAGCAGAGGAGAGCAAGGAUGAAGCUGGUGGAGCUGGAGCAGAGGAUGAUGAAGACGACGCUGCAUUUGUCAGUGAUCAUGAGGAGGAUGGAGAUGAUCUGGAGCCGGGUUCUGGGUCUGAUGAGCUUCUCCUCUCAAAUCUCGACGCCCAACUGCUGGAGGACGAAUUUAACGACGAGCUCGCCACGUUGGCGCUCUCCGGAAUGAACGACGCGGAUUUUGCGAACGACGUGGAGGCUUGCUGGACGAAAACCAUCAAUAAUCAGUUCAAACGGCACAAAAAGACGUACUACUCGGACAAACUUCGCUACAAAAACAUCUCGAAGCAGCAGCUCCGCGAACAAGCCGAAGGAUACGUGCGGGCUAUUCAAUGGAACCUCCACUACUACUAUCAUGGAUGCGUCUCGUGGAGCUGGUUCUACCCGCAUCACUAUGCUCCGUUCAUCUCCGAUGUUCGCGGAUUCGUGGGCAUGCGGAUGGAGUUCGAGCUCUCCGAGCCAUUCCACCCGUUUGAGCAGUUGCUCGCCGUGCUGCCAGAAGCGUCGGCCGACUGUCUACCACGUCCACUUCGCGAGCUGAUGUCGUCGGAUCCUGCGAAAUCGCCGAUUUGCGACUUUUAUCCGGCCAACUUUGAGACGGACCUGAACGGGAAGCGCAACGAGUGGGAAGCGGUGGUGCUGAUCCCGUUUAUCGAGGAGAAGCGGCUUCUGGAGGCGAUUGAGGCGAAACGGAGCCGCUUGACGAGUGAGGAAAAUGCUCGGAAUUCUCAUGGAUCUCAUAUUCAGUGUAUAUCAUCACCAGAGCCGCCAAAUAGCCAAGGCCAAUGGCGAACUGUUCGUUCUGAAAUCCCACAAGAUUCGUUCAGGAUUCCAAGAUCCCAAGUCAAGUGGGGACUCUUACCCAAUGUGAAAAUGGAUGUGUACUUCCCGGGAUUUCCGACGAUGAAGCAUUUGAGCCAUCUCGGAGAGCUGCGAUUCGCGAAUUGCAAUAUUUUUGGAAUGGCGUCGCGAAAGGAGUCGAUGGUGUUGAAGGUGGAAAACGAGCGGGCUCACACUGAUAUUAUCGAGCUUGGAUCCGAGCUUUGCGACGAGGAAGUCUGUAUCGAUUGGCCCAUCCUGAAAGUGGCAAAAAUCGAUUCAAUAUGGGGAGGAGACGAUAAAAUAGUCCGAAAAUGCGACGAUGAGAUUAUUGUGAAGGAUAUGAGCGAAGAGGAGAAGCGGCAGUGGCAAGCUCACGCGAAUCAGCUCACCGAGCAUCUAAUGACACGUUUCGCUAUAGAAAUUGCCGCACAAAAGGACUCGAAGGGCAAGCACAUCCGGCCUGCUGUGGCCUGGGUUCGGAAGUUUACUGGCUUGGUGUAUGAAGCCCAGGGAGGAGGCAAGGAGCCUUCUGUUCUGAAGGCCUGUAAGCAAUGGUCGAGCCCACAGCAGUUGAUGCCGGUGCUCUUGCCGCUGGUUGUUAAGGAUGUCCUCCUCGAAAAUUCCCGUGUUCUGGCUGACCUUCCGAUGAAACAAGCCUAUCCAAAACAGUCUAUCGUUUGGAUUACAGACCCGAAAUUUGCACUUUUCGGAAUGCCCGGAAUGGUUAAUGGGUUCAGCAAUGAAAAGUCGGCGGAUUGCCGAAUCGAGGUGAUCGGAAUGUCCACCCAGAACAAGGUUGACAAAAUGGAGGCUCUCCGCAAGAAAAUGGAGCAAAAAUCGCUCCGAUGGAUGGGCGGCUACGAUUGUGCUCGGCAGUGUCAAGUGGACACCAGGCUUUUCGCAAGAAUCACCGGAACAAUGUUCCUAUGGAAUGAGCCGAGGGAACGUGUCGAAAAGGGUCAGCAGAUAUCGUCGUCAGACUCGAAAAUCAACUGUGGCCUGGCGUUGAAAUAUUCUCGGAGGGAUCUAUGUGUGGCGGAUUAUACGGAUCGAACGGAGCACACGAAUCAGCGAGGCGUCACGAAUAAAGUGUGGUUUUACACGAAUUUGGCGACCCGUCUAGUGUCGGAAUAUAGGCGAAAGUUCCCGGAUGUCUGGAAAUAUUUGGAAACAAUCGGGCUUACGCAGCAAGACGAUGUCUACUAUACAGAGGACAUUUGGAGCAAUGAAAAGACGCGGGAGAAGCGAUUCGGCGAGCUCAGCGAGUUUCUAGGCGGCCUACCGAGCCUGGAGGCCGAGCAGCUCAAGUGUGGAACAGUUUACGCGGAUCGCCAGCUGAUUACGGAGAUUGAGAUGAUUCUCGCGGAGCCUGAUGAGAAGAAGCCGGUGAUGAAUAAGUAUAUGAUGGCGCCUGGUGCACUUUUCCGUUAUGAGCUUUACAAUGGGAAGGUUCAUGCGGAUCCGGCGGCGGAUUUUCAGAUUUUGGAUCGGGUUGCGUUGAUGUCGUCGGAUACGAAAGUUCCAAAAACGACGCAAGGAACAGUUGUCGGCAUUCACGAUGACAAAAUCGACGUCUUUUUCGAUAAACCGUUUGACGGUGGACAAAAAGUUCGAGGAUCGAAUGAAGCGGCCGCAAUUCGAGUACCUCAAAGUGCACUGCUUAAUGUCACUUUCGGAAUUGUCCGGAAAAAUGUUCAGCACAAGAAACAAGUGGAAAAAGCUCUGACUGGUGCCUACGUUCCGAUGCCGGCGCAGAAAAAUUCGGCGAAAAAUGAGCCAGCUCCGUCGACCUCGAGCUCCAACUCCAACAGCACCAACAACAAGAAAAAUUCGUCGAAAAAGGAGAAGAAUAAGCAAAAGCCGACAAAAACCGACGAAGAAUCACCAGAAGCUCUGACAGAUUCGUUGAAUAAGCUGCUGAAGAUCAAGCCGCCGUCAGCAGAAGCUACGUCUGGAAAGCAAGUAUCACUGAUGGAGCUGCUCGGCGGAGGAGGAGCCGCUGGAGCCAAAAAACCUGCUCAAAACGCCAAAACUCUGGCGGAAAUUGAGUCGGAUUCGUCUCAAUCCGCGUCAAAAUCCUCGAUUCUCCAGCAGCUCUCGGCGGCUCAGAAGGCUGCUGCUCCGAAGCCGAAAAAAGAGGCUUCACAGAAGAAGCAGAAGCCCCAGGCGGCUCCUCCACAGAAAGUGGAGAUUCUGCGGAAACCAACUCCACCGCCGCCGCCGCCGGCGGAGGAGCAGAAGCCAGCUCCAGCUCCAUUCGGAGCUCCAACACCACCGCCACAAUUCCCGUUCGGACCCCAGCCGCUACAGUUUGCUCCGCACCCGAUGAUGAUGAUGGGGUACCCGAUGGGAAUGCCUAUGGGGAUGCCUAUCGGGGGGCCUCACCACUACCAACAGCAGCAGAACCAGCAGGAAAAACGAGCCAACCACCCAACGCUAACCGACUUCAAGCCGUCGGCAGUUCACCGCCGUCAAAAUUGUCAUCAACGUCCGUCGAAUCAGCCGCCAAAAGUGACAAUGAUCACAAAACGAACAUCAUCACCGACUCCUCCAGAAAAAGAAGAAGAUGCUGCUCCGAGAGCCCUCCCUAGCUCACCGCCACCACCAUCAAAAUCCGCCGCCGAGGAAAAGACGACGACGAAAAAACCGCGUAAAAAGAAGCAAUCGCGGCUCGGAAGCAAUUUCAGCAAUCCGACGGCUUCAUCUUAAAAACGCUCCUCUAAAACAUUUAUUUCUAUCACACGCACAUUUUUUUUUAUUACAUUUAACACUAUUCCAGAUUAUUCGUUAAGUUCUACUCAAAAUCCCAAAAAAAUAGAAAAUUAUGAAAAAAAAAUUUCGAUUUUUUCAGUGUUUUUCAGGAAAACCCCUGAAAAGUUUAUUAUUUUUUGAUUUUUUUUGUGAAAAAAUUGAAAUUUUUUCAAUUUUCUCUAAAUAAUUGAGAAUUUUACUUUUUUUUUUCUGAAAAAACCCCUAAAAAUCGAAAUUUUAUAGAUUAUUCUGAAGAAAAAGUUUUCUUUUUUUCCAUUUUUCAAAAAAUCGCCGAAAAAAUCAAUAAUUUUACGAUUUUUUUUUCAAAACCCCUGAAAAAGUUGAAAAUUUUCCAAUUUUUUCUGAAAAACAUUGCAAGAAUCUGAAAUUUGUACGAUUUUUUUUUUCUAAAAAUUGAAAAUUUUCCAGUUUUUCUGAACAAAUCGAAUUUUUUUCGAUUUUCUCUGAAAAACCCUGAAAAUUUGAAAUUUUUACGAUUUUUCUCUGAAAAAAUCUGAAAAAUCGAUAAUUUUACAAUUUUCCUGAAAAAAAAAUUUUCCGAUUUUUUUUCUGAAAAACCUUGAAAAUUUUCAAAUUUUUCCGAUUUUUUUUCUGAAAAACCUUGAAAAUUUUCAAAUUUUUCCGAUUUUUUUUCUGAAAAACCCUGAAAAAUGUGAAAACUUGCACAUUUUUCUAUAUGAACAUCUGUUUUUUCACCACCAAUUUUUCCAAAUUUCCCUCCUCUUCAAAAUUUGUUUUCCGUGUAUCAUUGAAAUCUUGUCCCUCCUCUCCCUUUUCCCCCUGUCCCACACACUGGCUGGCUCCGUGAAUCGAUUGUUUCCCACCAAAUUUUUCUGUAAGAUUUUCUUUUCUUUUUUUUUGUUCGACAAUUGCCACAUUAUUCCACGUAUCAUUUAUCAUCUUAUUGAAGUUAUUUAUUUUA